UGUCUGUGGUGAAUGAAGGAAAGAGGGGAGGGAAAGAGACAGAGACAGUGGUGAAGAACGAGAGAAAAAAGAGGGGAGGGAGGCGGAACGACAGAAAGAAGAGAAGGGUAGCAGCCUCUGGAGGAAAUAAUAGUGAGGGGGGGCCUCAUAGCGGAAGAGAGCGAGCUAGGAGGCAGAUUAGCAGCGGCUCUAUGGCUCAGUCGGCUGCUAACGGUGUGGACCAGGAUCUGGCCAGCAAGAGGCUGCACUCAAGGAUGGAGGCCUCCUGCUUGGAGUUGGCCUUGGAAGGAGAGCGGCUGUGCAAGGCUGGGGACUUUAAAGGGGGUACAGCGUUUUUUGAGGCAGCCGUGCAGGUCGGCACAGAAGACCUGAAGACCCUUAGUGCCAUCUACAGCCAGCUGGGCAAUGCUUACUUCUACCUUAAAGAAUAUGGCAAAGCCCUAGAAUACCAUAAACACGACCUGACUUUGGCCAGAACGAUAGGAGACAGAAUUGGAGAAGGAAAAGCCAGCGGCAACCUUGGUAACACAUUAAAAGUUUUGGGGCGCUUUGAUGAGGCUGUUGUGUGCUGUCAGAGACAUCUGGAUAUUUCUCAAGAGCAGGGAGACAAGGUUGGAGAGGCCAGAGCACUGUAUAACAUAGGGAACGUGUUUCAUGCAAAGGGCAAACAGCAGUUAUGGGGCUGCACCCAGGAACCUGGGGACCUGCCUGCUGAUGUGAGAGACACUCUGCAAAGGGCUACUGGCUUUUAUGAGAUGAACUUGUGUUUGGUCAAAGAACUUGGAGACCGAGCUGCUCAGGGGAGGGCCUAUGGGAACCUGGGCAACACCCACUAUCUGCUGGGAAACUUUGUCGAAGCGAUCAAGUUCCACCGUCAGCGAUUAUCGAUAGCCAAAGAAUUUGGAGACAAAGCAGCAGAACGGCGAGCCUACAGUAACCUUGGCAAUGCCCUGAUAUUCCUGGGUCAGUUCAACACAGCCACUGAAUACUACAGGAAAACUUUGCAGCUGUCCAGGCAGCUGAGGGAUCAGGUGAUGGAGGCUCAGGCCUGUUACAGCCUCGGAAACACCUACACUCUUUUGCAGCAGUAUGAGAGGGCCAUAGACUACCACCUGAAACACCUGUACAUAGCUCAGGAGCUCACUGACAGAGUUGGUGAGGGUCGUGCCUGCUGGAGUCUGGGAAAUGCAUAUGUGUCUUUAGGGAACCACAAACAAGCUCUUCACUAUGCCCGAAAGCACUUGGACAUCUCUAAAGAAAUUGGAGACAGAAAUGGGGAACUGACAGCCAGAAUGAAUGUGGAACAGCUGAUGGAGUCCCUGGGGGUAAAUGAAAGUGACCUUUCACCCUCCAGUUCAGAGUUUGAGAUGCAAGGAGCAAGACCCAAAUUCACCAAGAGAAACAGCAUGGACAGUGUAGAACUGUGGAAGUACUCCUCAGAUAAGAAUGGUGAGAACCAAGACUUGGAAAGUAUACCCAGGAGAUCCAAGAGUCAGCUGUCGCAGCCAGGCAAAAGGAAAGGUUAUCCUGACAGUCAGUCAUCAGAUGAAAGGCCGUGGUUGGACUCUCCUGUGGACACUGAUGACAUCACUGUGCAAGUCCCGCCUCCAGUGGCAAAGCUGGGUCGUGACCCCUCCGAUGAAGACUGCUUCUUCGACCUCCUCAGCAAGUUCCAGAGCAGCCGCAUGGAUGACCAGCGCUGCCAUCUUGACGAGCCACAGAACGGAGACAACGGAGAAGGUGCUGCAAACUCCGUGCCUUCCCUGAACGACAUGAUAGAUCCUGCAAUUACCACUUCCCCUCAGACUGAGGAGCUGUUUGAUUUGAUUGCGAGCUCCCAGAGCCGCCGUCUAGAUGACCAGCGGGUUAAUGUUGGCAACCUUCCGGGCUUGAGGAUUACCCAUAACAAUCUGGGACACCUGGUUGGCGAGGGAGAUCAUCAAGAACCCAGCGAUGACUUCUUCAACAUGCUUAUUAAGUGCCAGUCCUCUAGGAUUGAUGAUCAGCGGUGCUCCCCGCCAGAAGCCGGCCCGCACGCGCCCACAGUGCCUGAUGAAGACUUCUUCAGUCUAAUCCAGAGGGUGCAGGCCAAGCGUAUGGACGAGCAGCGCGUCCAGCUGCCCUCAGACGACCAGGACGACCCUCAGUCCCCCGAUCCAGAGCCGCCAGGUGGUUUUUCUAGCUAGGACUCGGUGAAUAAUGCUGCACAACUUCAUGACAAAGAAAAUAAAAAAGCAGAAGAAAUUAAAGAGAGAUGAGCCAACGUUUAAAGACGGCACUGAAGGGUGAACUAACAAGAUCUCUAAUAACAAGUCAAAAUCAAUGUGCAAUAGGCGGUGCCCUGUUAAAUGUUGCUCAAUGUAUUAUGUUCUAAAUGUGUGUUAAUAUAACAAGAAAACAAACAGAAUUUAAGCUCGGCGUUGUGAGGAGGAAUAAAGUAUAUUUGGGGUAACAGGAAGCAAACGUAAUAUGUACUCAAUCUAAUGCCUUAAUCAGCAUUCUCUCUUCUCAGACUCAAGAUUGUAUUCCCUGGUGUCAGAUGUGUUCUGUAGAUGCACAUGAGGGGCAUACAGCGUAAUAUGGCUGAUUAAUGCGGACAUCUAAAGCAUGAGUUGUGGGAAUGACAAAGAUUUAAAGUUCCAGUGUGUAGGAUUUAGAGGGAUGUAUUGGCAGAAAUGGGAUAUAACAAUGACAUUUUCUUUUGUGUUUAAUCAUCUGAAUAUAAGAAUGAUUUUUUGUGACCUUAGAAUUAGCUGUGAUUGUGCAUAGACAGUGGUUUCUUCACCGUGGAGAUAGCUAUGCUGCACUGCCAUGUUUCUACUGUAAAACAGCAUAGGAGAAACACCAAUAUGUAACAUGAAUUUUUUUAUUCAGUGUUUUUACUGGCUUAAAUCACAAGGUCCAUUUGUUUUGGAUAGGAAGAGACCUCUGUGG